GGCGGACGCCGAGCAGGAGUGCGGCGGCGGCCGGCGAGAGGCCGAGCGUGGUUGCCCAGCAGGUGGACUGGGAAUUGUACAUGCAGCAAUGCUUCUUUAUUUCCUAGUCACGCAAUAAAGUGGAAUGAAAAGCCAAAGGGAGAGAUAAAAAGGAACAGAGAUGUCAUUGAGAGCCUGCAGCCUUGGAUGAGGCGAGAUCUGCUCUGGGAUCGCUCACUCUUCUCCCACCAAGAGGAAGGACAGGGUCCACCCCAGAGAGAGCCUGCACCUGGAACUCAGCAUCCAAGAGGUCUCCCCUGAAGGACCUGCAGAGGAGCCUGGGUCCUGUGACUUUAGCAGGCAGCAUCACUGGAUCAAGAUGACCACACCCACGAUUUUGGGGGAUACCACCUUCUCGUUGAACAUGACCACGAGGGGGGAAGACUUCCUCUAUAAGAGUGCUGGAGCCAUUGUUGCUGCCAUUGUGGUGGUCGUCAUCAUCAUCUUCACCGUGGUUCUGAUCCUGCUGAAGAUGUACAACAGGAAGAUGAGGACGAGGCGGGAGCUGGAGCCCAAAGGCCCCAAGCCAGUUGCUCCUUCUGCCAUGGAGCCAAACAGCAACAGCACCCAGCAGCCUGCAACAGUGGCCUUCAGCCCUGCUGACCUCCACUCAGAGACUCGGUGACCCCGUCCCACUACCAUCCCUGCCACUGUCCAAAGAGCUUUCCCCCCAAGUGGAGACCCAGAGGCACAUUCUCUGGUGGCCUCACUAUGAGUUCCUUCUGGUCAGGCCGUCAGAGCGUCUUUCAUACAACCCCCUCAGCUUCAGGCAGUCCUUAACCUGGUCCUGCCCUGACUCACCCUGUGUCCAUAUCCCUGCUGCCACCCUAUCAAAAAGCUGUGGAACAUGAUUGUAUUAGCUGAUGAGAGAUCUCUGCUGAGAAUCCACUGAAGUGGGUUGGGCUGUCUCCUCCCAAAUGCUGUAGCUAGUCAGACAGACAGACAAGCUUGCAGGCAGACAAGCAGACAUAUAGUCCUGACUCUUGGUCAGGAGUCAGGGCUCAGGGAAUGCUGCUGAGAGUGUUGCACAGGGUCUGCCACUGGGCUCAUCUCAAAUUAAGUGCCAAAUCUAUAGCUUUGCAGAGCAAAAUACUCAACCCCAUCAUCAGGGGCAGGGAAGCUAACUUGGACUAACCAGAAAGCCAACUUGUUAAUUUAUAACCACUUCCAGUACUAGAUGACCGCUAGAUGACCAAUGAUUGGUCAACACAUUUCUCCCUCUUUGAGAAAAGUUACAAGAAAAAUGGAAUUUUUUUCCCCAAGAGGUUUCUGCUUCCUUAGUAAAGAGUCAGAAGAAGGCACAGGAUGACUUUGAGAAAUGGUGGCCUCUAGGACAAAAGCUUGUUGCAUUGUUGUAGGCCUUGACCGAUCCUGGGAGCUGGUCAGGGCAUCUCCUGUCCUUCUGGGAGGGCGGACCCUGAUUCAGUGUCAUUUCUCGGCUCCCCAAGAAGCUCUGACGGUCUUGUUAACCCUUUACCUCCCAGGACCAGUAUUUGGAGAUUGAUUACAUUGUAGCUCUACAUAUAGGAAGCACCAUAUUCUCAGACCAUGUCUCUGUCAAGAGCUGAGCUCUGACUCCUAGGCUGGAGAAUAGUCUACCGAUAAGGGGAAACAUUUUGGAAUUAAGGAGGCUUGCCUUCAAGCUCUACUUUCUGGUGUGUGGCCUUGGGCAAGUGACUCAACCUUUCCCUGUGUGGUUUCCUAACCAUGAAGUGGAAAUGGAAACACUUGCCUCCCUGGGUUGUCCUGAGUCAGGGACUGCAUAAGCAGCUUGAGUAUGGAGCCUGGUGCCUGGAGAUGCUUAGUAAAUGGGAGCCAGCAUUAUGCAAAGGCCCUGGGUUCAGUCCCCAGUUUAGUAAACAAACAAAACAAACAAAACUCUCUUGAAUAGCUCUGGAGAAAUACUAGUAAAUUCUUCCUCCUCCUCCAUCUUCUCUUCCUUCUGCUCUUAAAUUUCCACCAAGUACCAGGCACCCUGAAAGGUGUUUUCACAUCAUUUAUCUCAAAGGAUUUGAUUUUCCCAAUAACCGUGGGAGGUAUUAUUUCCCAUUUACAGAUAAGAAUUUUCAAAUCAAGAAGAAUAAGUACUUGCCCAGAGUCACACAUGCAGCUGGUAAGUGGCAAAGCCAAGAAACAACCAGUUUCCCCUGAACCCAGAGGGCAACUUUCUGUCACAUCACUCUUGUCCAGGAGUUUGUGUGGUGCGCAGAGAUCUGGCUUCUGAACUGAAAGUGGGAAGUGGGGUGCAGGCCCUUUGGCUCCAUCCUUUGGGCUUCCAUGAUCAGAGCCAAAGAACCCAUUUCUCAGCCCACCAAGGCAUGAUUCCUGCUUCACCCAUUGCUUGGGCCCAAGGGGAAAGGGCUGGGGACCAGGGCACAUUUGUUUCUUUGAGGGCUCAAAUCCCCAGCAUAUUCAUCUCCCUACACAUUUUCUGCUCUUUUCUUUUUUACUAAAAUUGUCUAGAAUGUUCCAGACUUCUCUGCCCACAGUGGACGCUUCCUGGAAGCAAAUAGAAGGAUUUUUGUGUCUCACUUUUUACUAAAGAAGGCAACUCAAUAAGCAGGCUGGAAGGGCUCUUAUGUGGCAGCUGAGGUGCUACUGCAUGCAUGCAGACAGGUCUCUGCGCUCCAGGAGCCAGCAGGAGCCAGCAUGAGCCUCCGUGGUGGGGAUUCGAAGCUAUGCAUUUUGUUUCUGACCAGGUGCCUUUCUUAACUGAGCAGAUGCUCCCUCAUUUGGGCACUGAAUCAAUGAAAGAUAUUAAACACUUACAGAAAAAUGUUUAAAAAUAAAAGAGGUUUAAAUCA